UGCAUAAUCAAAUUCCAAGCUCGACCGUUAUCGAAGCGUCCAGCUGAGCUCAAUGCACCAUUCGAGCUUGAUCUGAAUGUUGACUCUGUGGAACUCUGCGCCACUCGUUGCUACCAGGAUGGAUGCAGUGGAGCAAGGUAUGAUCCAAAUAACGGCACCUGUUCUCUUGCCUACAAUGACAAGCAUUUCUGCGCAAAAGAACCAGCAGUGCUGCACUACAAAGCUGACGAAGUGACUUGGAUCCAUUGCGUUAACUGCUAUUCCGAUAAAGGCCCUUCUGCUUCCCCCAAGGAACCCGCUACAAAAGCUCCUAUUGCGAUAGUUCCUGUAGUUCUGCCAGGUGGCACCACGACGGAGAAGACCUCCGAAACAGCUACAUCAAGCCCAGAAGAGAGCGCUACAAAGCAGCCGUCCUCGAAGGAAGGUCCAGAGGAAACCACACCUAAGACUGCUACUUCCGCGACAGAGGCUACGGAAGCAGCAUCGAGCGAAGGUCCGGAAGAGGCAAAAUCUACCUCCGUUCCGGAAUUAAUUCCUAAAGGAGAGGAAACUACACAGAAGGCUGGAGCUUCCACGCAAAAACCUGGCUCAUCGAGAGACUUCCUGAGAGGCAAGUCGCUAAUAUUCAAAAAUUCUGUAAAGGUUCUGUACACUUUUGCAUCAUUUGAUAAUGAUGAAGCAUAA